AUGGCCAAACGCGUCUCCUUUAGGAAAAGAAAGCACACGCUCGAUCUUCCUCUUCCUCUUCCUCUCUCCUUCAUCCUCAGCAGCAGCAAGAGCCACUACAACAAGGAUAAUAACAGCAGCAGCACCAACAGCACCAACAACAUCAACAGCACCAGCACCAGCACUAGAACCAUGCCCUGCAACUGCACUGCUCCCGGGGCGGACCCAUCGGCGGCGUGGCCCGCGCUCUUUUCCCUCAGCUUCGAGGGAAUUGCCCAGCUAGGGGCCGGUGGGAUAGUGGGCAUCAUUGCCACGAUGGGACUGUUUUUUGGCCCGUGUGCCAUAAACUUGUCGGGAGCCAUUGGCUACGCCAUCCGCCCCGACCUCCCACCCCUCACCACUACUGCUACCACCACCACCGACAACCCGCCGCCUCCUCCUUCCUCCACCGAGGAGGCCCCUCCCGCUCCCGGCCCCGCCGACGAGGAGUCCUGCUCCUCUGUCGACAUCUCUAAUUUGGAGCCCAUGGACACCGCCUUCCAAGCCUUUGAGGAGGCCGAUGCGCCCGCUCCUGAGGAUGAACCUCUACCCUCCAGCAAACUCGUUAAAUUUAAGAGAGAAGCAGCCAUGCCCCUCUUUUCCCUUCCCGUAGACUCCCUUCCAGUAAACCCCCUUCCCUGGCCGAUAUUAUGUCGAUAUUAUUUGUCUAUCAAUAACAGCGUAGGUCCAAGGGCUCAGGAGGACGGUAGUUGGCAUAUUGCUGAGGAGGAAUGUGGGUUAAUAGCAAGCAGGCAAAUAGGAGGAUGGGUAGGCAACGCUCCCAGAAUGGCUAAGGGUAUAUAUAUAUAUAUAUAUAUUGCUAACACUUAA